CAUUUACACAGAAUGUGAUUGUUCGUCUGGGACACCGUUGGGCUGUUGUUUAUUCCUCGACAUCUGAUGGAGAUGAUAUCCCGCAUCAGAUCGUCUGUGAUCAGGAUGCACAGUCUGUCGCGAGCGUCUUGGCGUCUGCUCGUCGCGCGCCGACCGCCCGUAGUGCGAGGUUAUUCCUCUGGGCCCGCCCCAAGGGUGUGUAUUGUAGGUGGAGGUCCUGCAGGUUUUUACACCGCACAACAGCUCCUGAAGGCUCGGCAAGAUGCAGUCGUUGACAUUUAUGAACGGCUGCCGGUGCCGUUUGGACUGGUGCGUUUCGGCGUCGCCCCCGAUCACCCCGAGGUCAAGAAUGUCAUCAACACUUUUACCCAGACAGCCCAGCACGAGCGCUGCAGUUUCCAUGGUAAUGUGACUGUGGGGAAAGAUGUGAGCGUUGAGGAGUUAAGACAGGCUUACCACGCUGUUGUGUUGAGUUACGGAGCCGAUGGAAACCGUUCCAUGGAAAUUCCAGGCGAAGACCUGUCUGGGGUCAUCUCAGCGAAAGACUUUGUUGGAUGGUACAACGGACUUCCGGCCAAUAAGGAGCUGUGUCCUGACCUCAGCUCGGAGACAGCUGUGAUUUUGGGGCAGGGAAAUGUGGCUUUGGAUGUGGCUCGAAUUCUUCUGUCACCCCAUGAAAUGUUGAAGAAGACUGAUAUUACCCAGCAUGCACUAGACGCAUUAGCAGGCAGCAGCGUGCGCAGGGUUUUGAUCAUAGGCCGACGAGGACCCCUUCAAAUAGCAUGUACCAUCAAGGAACUCAGAGAAAUGGUGAAUCUGCCGAACACUAGAGCGGACAUGCUGCCCAGUGACUUUGAGGGUGUCGCGGAAACUUUAAAAGAUCUCCCCAGGCCGAGGAAGAGAUUGACGGAGUUGUUGAUGAAGGCGAUGAAUGGCGGAGGAGACGGUCCGGUUGAGAACAGCUGGGGCUUCCGUUUCUGUCGCAGUCCUGUGGAGGUUCUUUCAGGACCUGAUGGGAAAAGAGCCGCAGGAAUACGACUGGCUUUUAAUAAGCUUGAGGGGUCAGGGGAGGUUGCACGGGCAGUGCCUACAGGUCAGUUUGAGGAUGUGGAGUGUGGUUUGAUCAUCAGCAGUAUCGGUUAUAAGACAAUUCCCAUAGACCCUGACGUGCCAUUUGACCCCCGACGAGCCAUCGUGCCGAAUGACAUGGGAAGAGUUCAGGACACAACGGGUCUGUACUGCAGCGGCUGGGUCAAGCGAGGACCGACUGGUGUGAUCGCCACCACCAUGAACGACAGUUUUGAUACAGCACGUAUUUUAUUGCAGGAUAUAGAGGCAGGAAAGCUGGAUGUGUCAAUCAACAAACCGGGUGCACAGGCGAUCACUGCCCUUCUACAAACACGAGGUGUGAAAACAGUGUUAUUUUCAGAAUGGGAGAAGAUUGACGCAGAAGAGGAGAGUAGAGGCAAGUCCGUCGGAAAACCCAGGGAAAAACUACUGAAUGUGGAGGAGAUGUUGAAACUUGCCUGGUCGUGAGAUUAAUACCCCUGGAGCUCAGUAAGAUUGUGCAAUUAUUGCUGGAACGUUACCCAGAAUAAUAAACUGAAGGCCAGUGUGCCAGAGAUCCUUCAUUACUGACUAUGGAGCGUCUGAAUCCAAUGGCAGCACAAUCACAAUCCAGCUUGAGCUGGUAAAAACGUUUUUGAAAUGUAAGGGGAUGGCUCACCCCUAAAUUUAAAUUCUGUUGCAUUUACUCACCCUCAUGUCAUUCCAAACCCAAAAUGGAACACAAAAGUAGGAGUUUAGCAGAAUGUUCAUGUCGCUCUUUACUAUGCAUUGAAAGGAUACAGGGGAUGUCGAGCUGCAAAAUUUAAUAAAAACAGCAUAUAAGUACAAUUAAUGUAGUGCAUAUGAUUCAUGUGCUAUAUUCCAAGUCUUCUGAAGACAUUAGUUGGCUUUGUGUGAGGAAAAGACUGAAAUUGAAUUUGUUUAAUCAGGCAGUGAAUCCGUCUGGCUGAUAACAUGACAAAAGGAUUGGUGUGUUCACCAAAAUCAUAUUUUCUUUAUAGUACUUUGUCACUUAAAUCAGUUUUUGUUUGCUACUUUGCCACUUAAAUCAUUUACAUUUACAUUUAUGCAUUUGGCAGAUGGUUUUAUCCAAAGCGACUUACAGAGCCCUUAUUACAGGAACAAUCCCCCUGGAGCAACCUGGAGUUAAGUGCCUUGCUCAUGGACACAAUGGUGGUGGCUGUGGGGAUCGAACCAGCAACCUUCUGAUUACCAGUUAUGUGCUUUAGCUCACUACACCACCACCACUCCAGUAGUCAUUUAAAUCAGUUUUUGUUUGCUACCAAACUUUAAGUCUGAAUUAAACUUUUAUUCCCUGAAAGUCUUCCCCUCAUCUGUAGAUAUCAAAUCACAUUUGUCUUUGCAGAUAUUUAAAAAAAUGGCAUGUCAUGAUGCAUCUAUUUGAUCGACAUGAAAGUAAUAAAUCAUGACAGUAUUUUCAGUUAAAGGUGAACUAUUACUGGUAGCACAGGUUUUUAACAUGAGUAACAAUGAACAGUACUUGUACAGCAUUUAUUAAUCUUGGCUAAUGUGAGUUACAACAUUUUAAAAUUAAAAAAAGACCUCAAAUAUGAACUAACAAUGAGUAAUUGUAUUUUUAUAAACUAAAAUUAACCAAAAAAGAAAAGUAGCUUUAAAGUGUCCAGUUAGAUAUCAAUGCAAUGACUAAACUAUGAUGUCAUGGCUUGCACUUAUAAUUAUAACUACUGUUUACUAAAAGUACUACUGGCACCGUGAUGCAUGCUUAAAAUGAAGUUGGACCAGUUGCUGUAAAGGUAGUUUACAUGUGCCUCUUUCUGUUGUGUUUGCUUGUCAUUUGUCCAGAAUAAACUAAAUUGUGUUUUGUGAAAUUGCAUGAAUGAAAACAAACUUGAUGCUCAAAUGUUAGAAAACAUGUUUUUACAUAAUGAAUAAGCAAUGGUGUCCAGUCAGCCAGAUAUUAUUGCCAAAUAAACCUCAACAUGUGAUCAGGCUUAGCGUCAUCCUGAAGAGGGGAUUAUUUUGAUAUUAAUUCGAUAAUGACCAAUGGACAGCAAAUUAUCCUUCUUGUAACACAUCUAUUUACCAAGUAAUUAAACAUGGACAUGAAGUAUUGAUUUGACUAAGUUAAUGUAUUACAAAUUAUGAAACUAAGACAGUGAUGUAGGAAAUUGAUUACGUGGGACGAUUUGAUUGUCAUCAAUAUUUGAGUCACGUAUGAUAGAGAGCCAUGUAAUAACACUUUAUUUUUGAUCAGUUUUGUAGAUUUUACAAUGGGUAAAUGACAACGCAACGUGUUUUUAUAUUAUUGAAUAUUUUUGUGUAUAUGCUGUUUCCUGCAAGAUUUGUGUUUUCAGACGGACUUUUCAUGUUAAGAUGUCUUCAUUAGCGCUGUCCAUGACCUUUGACCUCUAUCUGUAUAAAUGGAUAUGUAUUUCUUUAAUAAAGUUAAUACAAAACGAUUGGAGACACAGACAAAAAAGACUUAA